GAUUUCUGUUUCAUAAUGAUUAACAGCAGUUACUUUGCAGAUAGUUGUUUUUGUAGUUUAAGCCUUUUAGACCCCGGGAUUUCGACAGCAGCACCAUGCAUUGGGUUUCUUUGACCGCUUGAUCGCCUGUUACACCGGCACGGGGGUAUCGGUUGUUUUGAAGAUUCCGCGUUGUGCUUUUGUUCCCGGAGAACAAAUACAUAUCACUGCGGAAGUGUUGAAUGAUUCGAAUAGAACAGUAAAGAAAGUCGAGGCGUUUCUUCAUCAGACGAUUACUUAUAACUCGAAAAGGACGAAGAAAACUUGUGGUAGUGUUUCGAAGAUUGGUCUGAUAUCGAAAGGGGCCAUCCCUCCUCUGGAAUCGCAGAUCUGGAGUGCCGACGUUAUCGCUGUACCCCCACUGCCACCAACGAACCUAGCCGGUUGCCGUCUCAUAUCUAUGAAUUACAUGCUCAUAUUUAUCGUUUACAUUGAAGAAGCGACGGCGAUGAGGUUCAGCAUUCCCAUAGUGAUAGGCACCGUGCCUUUGGAGCAGCCGUCGACAACACAGAUCAGUGCUGCUGGUGCAUUUCCGCAACCUUCUGCUCCGUUGCAGACGCCUUCAGUUCCCGUUCAGCCGACCGCUCCGCCUUUAAGUGCUUUGCGAUGGAAACCACCUCCUUCAUAUCAAGAGUGUAUCGGCAUGACAUCAGGUAACAUUCGCGACGCUGAUGACAAUCAGGAGGUUUGUGACGACAUGACGUAUCGACCAGUCUAUCCGAUGUAUCCGACAAUUCCUGCAUCUCAAGAAAUUCAGAAAACAUCUUCCUGA